AUGAUUAAUUAACAAUUGAAUGAGAAUUAACAAGAUAUUAAUGAGGGUGACAUCUCUUAAGAUAGAUAUGGAGAUGUUACAUUAAUAUAAUAGCAAUAAAAAACAAAUAGAUUUUGGAUUAAAGUGUGUGAAAUUAAUGAAUCAUUACUUGGUAAAACCAUUUUAGUAAGAGCACGAAUACACAAUUCUAGAAUUAAAGGAAAAAUUGCAUUUUUAAUUCUCCGAGAAAAUUAGAGUACAAUCUAAGCAGUCUUAACGAAAGGAGAAUAAACUAGUUCGUAAAUGAUCAAAUACAUAGGAAAAAUCACUUUAGAAUCUAUAGUUGAUAUAGAAGCUGUUGUGUUUUAACCAAACAUUUAAAUCAAGUAUUGUACUUAAAAAAUGGAAUUACAUAUAAAAACUAUUAGAGUAAUAAGUAGAUCUAUAUCUAAAUUACCUAUCUAAAUAGAAGAAGCUUCAAAAAGAGAUGUUGACUAUUUUUAUAACUUAGAACAGCAAAAGCAGAAAGAGAAUUAAUAAGAAAAUACUGUAAUAUAGGAUAUACAAGAAUAUUAAUUAUCACAAAAUUAAAGAUUAAAUAAUCGAGUUCUUGAUUUAAGAACUCCUGCUAAAUAAGCUAUUUUUAGAGUUAAAUCUGGAAUAGCUUUAUUAUUUAGAUAAUUUUUGAUAGAAAAGGGUUUUAUUGAAAUUCAUACUCCAAAAUUAUUAGGAUUUAAAACAAAAAAUAGUUAUAGUAAUUUUAAUUUAUAGUAUUUCAAUUAAUAAGCCUUUUUAUCCUAAUCAUCUUACAUUUAUAAAUAAUUGAGUAUAAUGGCUGAUUUUGAAAGAGUUUUUGAAGUAUCUCCUGUGUUUAAGGCAAUUCAUGGUAAUACUUAUAGAGAAUUGUGUGAAUUUAUUUGCAUGGAUUUAGAAAUGGUUAUCAAAGAACAUUAUACAGAAUUGUUAGAUCUUACAGAAGAAUUAUUUUUAUUUAUAUUGAAAGGAAUUGAGAAAAGAUUUGGUUAAGAAAUUCAAAUUAUUUCAUAAUAAUUUCAAUUUGAACCUAUUAAAAUUUCAUAACCUAUUAUCAAAUUAACAUUUUAAGAUGGAAUAAAAUUACUUUAAGAAUUUGAUAUUUUAUAAUCUCCUUAAUACUAUUUAACUAUAUCAAACUAAAAAUAAUUAGGAAAAUUAGUUAAAGAUAAAUAUGGAACUGAUUUUUUCAUUAUGUAUAGACUACCAAAAGAAGAUUAGCCUUACUAUGUAAUGCCUUGUAAAAUGGAUCCUAAUUUUACUUUAUCUUAUAGAUUUUUUUUGAGAGGAGAAGAAAUUGCAUCAGGACAUUAAAAAAUUCAUGAUUCAGAAAUUUUAAUAAAUUAAAUAAAAGCAAUAGGACAAGAUGCUUAAUUAUUAGAAGAUUACAUAAGUUUUUUUAAGUAUAAUAAUAUUGUCUAUUUAAAGAUUUGGAACCUUUCCUCAUGGAGGAUGUGCAUUUGGUUUAGAAAGAUUCCUAUACUUAUAUUUUGAUUUAAAAAAUAUCAGAAACGCAAGUAUGUUUCCAAGAGAUUCUAGCAGAUUAUUUCCUUGA